AUGUUUGCGAAUCCAUCUACACUCUCUUCCUUCGCGCAGGAGUUCCAGCCAAGUGGAGCUGCUCCUGUGCAAUCCAUGCAGAAUCCAUACUAUUCGUCCUCGGGCACAUACGGCCAGUACCGUGGCCAGGAGCAGAUGCAGCAAGGCGCAAUGGGCAGCUACUACACGAACACUGGGUAUGGCUACGACUGCUACCAGAAUGUGGCCUACCGCAGCGCAGCCUUCACCGGUGACGGCUACAACCAGGGCUACUAUGGAAAUGGCCAGUACACCAACACCAAUCUUGGCCACUACUCCAAGAGCACCUACAACAGGGAAAACCGCAACCCUCGUGCAGCCGCAAUCAACCUCGAUGACUUCUCUGAUAUCUCCGAUUCAGAUUCUGACGCAGACAUCCCCAGCAAAAUCCCUGCGCCAGACAAGAAGGUGCCGGAUGCCCUGGAGACCUCCAGCGAUGCCUCUGAGGAUGCUGAGCCGGCAGAGGAGCCCUCACCGUGCGCUGCCGAUGAAGCUUCGGGUUUGCUGGAGGACGCCACCUCAGACACAGAGCCCUCACUCAGCUCUACUUCUUCCGAGCCGGAAGCCGAAGAGCUUGGGAUGAGCGAAGCAGAGCCGGAGACCGUCUUCAGCCUGAAGCAGAUGCUGAUGUGGCGUGACGCCGUCUUGAAGUCGGAGAAGCCACUGAUCCUCUACCGCACCCAGGUCGUUGAAGAGAAAACUCCUCUGGUGGAGCCGGUGCCCGUGACCAAGACUCCCAAGGGCAAGGCGAAGGCGAAGGCGCAGGCGGCGCAGGCCCAGGUCUCCAAGGGCAAGGCUGGAAAGCUGGAAGUCUCUGAGAAUUCCUGGACCGCCCAGCAGCGCAAGCUCAAGUCGGAGGCGUCCCAUGUCGACGGCUGUGAGCAAGUGGCCCGUACCAUCAAGUCCAUCUUGAACAAGUUGACCCUCGAGAAGUUUGCGAGCCUCUCCCAGCAACUUCUGCAAUGCGGCCUUCGUACAUCCACGCACGUCGAGGUGUUGAUCCACGAGGUCUUCGAGAAGGCAACGACGCAGCACCAUUUCAUCGACAUGUACGCCGAUCUUUGCGUGCUGCUGCACGAGCACUUUACUGCACACCCCUUCGAGGAUUGCUCUGGCAAGGCAGAUGUGCGUAAGAUGACUUUCAAGAGACUGCUGCUGGAUGAGUGCCAGCUGUCUUUCGAGCGCCUGCUGUCGCCACCUGAAGGCCUCGAGCUCCUUGCGGCAGAGGAGCGCACGGUGGUCGAGGUCCGCUACAAGACGAGCAUGCUGGGCAACAUCCGCCUCGUCGGUGGCCUCCUCUCACGCGGCAUGCUCGCCUGCAGAGUCGGCAUCGCCAUCCUGGAGGAGCUGCUGUCGAAUCCUACUCCGGAGGCCCUGGAGUCCAUCGCCGCCAUGCUGACGGUGCUGGGCCCAACAGCCGACAACAAGGACUGGCCACAGUACAAGGCCUUGAACGCGGUCUUCGAUCAGAUCUCCACCAUCGUGAAAGCCAAGAAAUGCCCUGCUCGCGAGCGCUUCCUCCUGAAGGAUCUCUUGGACCUUCGGAGUGCUCGCUGGGUGGACAAGCGGCCGAAGAAGAUCGAGCGGGCAAUGACUCUGGCCCAGGUGGCUGACAGCGCCGCUGGCCGCAAAGUGCAGGAGCGCCUGAUUCGCAAAGUGGCCUCCACGCCUGUUCCGGUCCCGGCAUUCCCGGCCUACGAACAGGAGAAGUUCCGCGAGGGCGCCAAGAAGGCAUUGGUCGAGCUGCGGCACAGCGGAUGUUUGGAGGAGGCCGUGAAUAGGAUGAAGGCCGAGGCUCUAGGAGUGCCACCAGAGAAGGAUCAGGCCGCGGAGGUUUCUGAGAUCCUUUGCUUUGCUGUGCAGGAGGCUGCGGCCUCUGUGCGUGAGUUGGAUCUCAAGGCUCUGCGUGCUGUUGUGGAGAGCUGGAAGAAGGAUGUGCUGGCACAGGGUGCUGGACUCUUCGUCAAGGACAUCGCUCCCGACUUGGCUUUUGAUGUCCCCGGCUUGAACAAGAUCCUGUCGGAGGAGGUGUGCGUGCUGCUUCCCGAGGCAGCAGAUGCUGUGAACAUCUUCCUGGGUUGA